AUGCUGUUUUUUAUUGUUGAAGUUCUUUUAUAUUUUUCACAAAUUUGCAGCGUGAAAUGAAGAAUGUUCGAAUGGCGCGUAAAUGAUGGCUGCUAUCAAAUUAUUUUGGCUAGAUUAACAACUUCAUUGAUACCUACCUAAAUAAGUGCAGUUGGGUUCGGUGUUGUUUUUCAAUUCUUGUAAGUUAUUUAAAUAAAAACAAUAUGGCAGAACAGAAGAAAAAAAGGGGUGAAAAUUGGAGUUCUGAAGAAAAAGAAAUAUUGCGUCAACUAAUUGGUCAAUCUGCGCAUAUAAUAGAAGACAAAUCUACAAAAACUUCAGUAAAUAUUCAAAAGAUAAAGGAGUGGAAGAACAUUUCAAAUAAAUUCAAUGAAAUAACUGGCAAGUUAAGGUCAUGUGCAGAAAUGAAAUUAGCUUGGAAGAGGAUGAAAUUGUCUGCCAAAUUAAAUUUAUCUUCGCACAGAAGGGAACAAACUAAAACCGGAGGUGGCCCAAAACCAUCAUCACCCUCUCCAGAGGACUUAGAAAUAAUGGCUAUUGCUCCUCACGACUUCGUCAUUGAAUUAAAUGACUAUGAUAGUGACGCAGUGAUUCCAGUUACCAAACCUACUGCUACCGCAACUACUGCAGAGAUAUUAAUUGACACUCAAUCUGGUUCUGGUAUUGAAAGGAAUGAAAACAGCAUAAUAUUCAUAAAUAAUUCAGAACACACCAUUGAAGAGGUUCAAGUUAACAAACCUAAAAAACUUGCUCAGAAGACAGACAUUGAUAUUACUAAUGACACAAAGGCUAAAACUAAAAAGCAAAAAGACUUAAAAAAUAAAUAUGAUGGAAUGCGCCAGUCUAUUGUAGACAGCAAUGUACAUUUUAAAGAAAGACACUUGGAAAUGAUGAAAGUUGAACAUGAGUAUAAUAUUAAAAUAGCAAAGUUAAAAAUAAAAAAACUUGAAUUGGAAAUAGAUUUAUUAGAAAGCAAGAGAAAUACCAAUUAAGUUUUAAUCUUAAAAUUAACAUCAUUUUUUCUUAUUCUGUUGAUUGUUUUAAAGAUUUUAUUAUAAUAAAUAUUUUCUAUAACUUAAGUUUGUACAUGAAUUUUUAAUUAGUAUCUUCCCUUAGCCCUUUUGAAACUUGGUAACACAUUAGUCUACAAAUGAAUUACGAACUUUAUACAACAAUACUGUUCUGAACAUGACUGUUCCCAACCAGUAGUGAAACAUGUAGCAGAAGUUUUCUCACAAAUAUCACAUUGUCUGCAAUAUUAAUAGAA